GAACAUGUCAGCUGCUGCUGAUUUAAUACCUACAUCAUCAUGGAACGUGUCAAGUGAACUAGACAAAGAUUAUUUCUUGACACUUGAUGAGCCUAUGAACAAUAUCACCACUACUCUAGGCCAGACAGCAGAACUGCAUUGCAAAGUCUCUGGCAAUCCUCCUCCAACUGUGCGCUGGCUGAAAAAUGAUGCUCCUGUUGUACAAGAGCCCAGGAGGAUAUCUUUCCGUGCAACAAGCUAUGGGUCUCGGUUGCGGAUAAGAAAUCUGGAUACCACAGACACUGGCUACUUUCAGUGUGUGGCAACAAAUGGCAGGAAGACUGUUUCUACAACUGGGGUACUGUUUGUGAAAUUUGGUCCUCCACCAACAGCAAGUCCAGGAACAUCUGACGAGUAUGAAGAGGAUGGGUUUUGCCAGCCAUACAGAGGAAUUGCAUGUGCCAGGUUUAUUGGAAACCGAACAAUUUAUAUGGAUUCUCUGCAUAUGCAAGGUGAAAUAGAAAAUCAGAUUACUGCUGCCUUCACUAUGAUUGGAACCUCCAGUCAUUUAUCUGAUAAAUGUUCCCAGUUUGCUAUUCCUUCGCUGUGCCAUUAUGCUUUCCCAUACUGUGAUGAGACUUCUUCAGUUGCCAAGCCUCGGGAUCUGUGCCGUGAUGAAUGUGAAAUUCUGGAAAACGUACUUUGCCAAACUGAGUACAUCUUUGCAAGAUCCAACCCUAUGAUUCUGAUGCGCUUAAAGCUGCCUAAUUGUGAAGAUCUUCCACAGCCUGAUAGCCCUGAGGCUGUAAACUGUAUCCGCAUUGGCAUCCCUAUGGCAGAUCCAAUAAAUAAGAAUCACAAAUGUUAUAACAACACAGGAAUAGACUACCGAGGGACCGUGAGCAUCACAAAAUCUGGGCGACAGUGCCAGCCAUGGAAUUCUCAGUAUCCUCACACACAUACGUUCACUGCUAUCAGAUACCCUGAAUUAAAUGGGGGCCAUUCCUACUGUCGUAAUCCAGGGAAUCAGAAAGAAGCUCCAUGGUGUUUCACUCUAGAUGAGAACUUUAAAUCAGAACUUUGUGACAUCCAAGCCUGUGACACGAAAGACUCCAAGGAGAAGAAUAAAAUGGAAAUCUUAUAUAUUCUGGUGCCAAGUGUUACGAUACCUCUGGCUAUUGCCUUGCUGUUUUUCUUCAUCUGUAUUUGUCGCAACAACCAGAAGUCUUCCUCCCCCCCUGUUCAAAGGCAGCCCAAGCAUGUCAGAGGGCAGAAUGUAGAGAUGUCUAUGCUAAAUGCCUACAAACCAAAGAGCAAAGCUAAGGAACUACCUCUUUCUGCUGUUCGUUUUAUGGAAGAGUUGGGUGAAUGUGCCUUUGGCAAAAUCUACAAGGGACAUCUUUAUCUUCCAGGCAUGGACCAUGCUCAGUUGGUUGCUAUCAAGACUCUAAAGGACUGCAACAAUCCACAGCAGUGGGCGGAGUUCCAGCAGGAAGCCUCUUUGAUGGCAGAGCUCCAUCACCCUAACAUUGUUUGUCUCCUUGGUGUUGUGACUCAAGAGCAACCAGUCUGCAUGCUUUUUGAGUACAUGAACCAAGGGGACCUCCAUGAAUUUCUUAUUAUGAGGUCACCACAUUCAGAUGUUGGAUGUAGUAGUGAUGAAGAUGGAACUGUAAAAUCCAGUCUGGAUCAUGGUGAUUUCCUGCACAUAGCAGUCCAGAUUGCAGCAGGGAUGGAAUACUUAUCAAGUCAUUUUUUUGUCCAUAAAGAUCUGGCAGCUCGCAAUAUUUUGAUUGGAGAACAGCUCUAUGUAAAGAUUUCUGAUCUGGGAUUGUCAAGAGAAAUAUACUCUGCAGAUUAUUACAGAGUUCAAAACAAAUCUCUCUUGCCGAUUCGGUGGAUGCCCCCUGAAGCAAUUCUGUAUGGCAAGUUCUCUUCUGAUUCAGAUAUUUGGUCCUUCGGUGUUGUGCUGUGGGAGAUUUUCAGCUUUGGUCUCCAACCCUAUUAUGGAUUUAGCAACCAAGAAGUUAUAGAAAUGGUAAGGAAACGGCAACUUUUACCAUGUUCAGAAGACUGCCCUCCGAGAAUGUACAAUUUAAUGACAGAAUGCUGGCAUGAGCUGCCAUCUCGGAGACCAAGAUUCAAAGAUAUCCAUGCUAGGCUACGCUCUUGGGAAGGACUGUCAAGUCAUACUAGUUCCACUACUCCUUCUGGUGGAAAUGCUACCACUCAAACAACUUCUCUUAGUGCAAGCCCGGUUAGCAACCUAAGUAACCCUAGGUAUCCUAACUUCAUAUUCCCAGCACAGGGUAUACCACAAGGCCAAAUUGCUGGAUUCAUUGGCCCACCAAUGCCUCAGAACCAGCGCUUUAUUCCUAUCAAUGGGUAUCCUAUUCCUCCUGGAUAUGCUGCUUUUCCAGCUGCUCACUAUCAGCCUGCAGGCCCACCAAGGGUAAUUCAACACUGUCCUCCACCAAAGAGCCGUUCACCAAGCAGUGCAAGUGGGUCAACUAGCACCGGUCAUGUGACUAGCUUGCCCUCUUCAGGAUCCAAUCAGGAUGCGAAUAUUCCUUUGCUCUCUCAUAUGUCAAUGCCAAAUCAUCCAAGUGGGAUUAGUAUAACUGUGUUUGGAAACAAAACUCAGAAACCUUACAAAAUUGAUUCCAAACAGGCAUCUUUAUUAGGAGACUCCAAUAUUCAUGGACAUAAUGAAUCUGUGAUUUCAGCAGAGAUAUAAAUGUCAGGCCUUUGUAAAUAAAACCUUUUACAAUAUGGACUAGAAAAAUGUAGAGGAGAGUUAUAUUCAAAUAUUUUAUUGGAGAUUCUUCUGGUUGUAUAGAGAGACAUUUGCAAUAAGUAUCUUCUGUGAAGUUUAUUUGUUCAUAACAGGAUAAAGAGGUGCCAACCAGAUUUUUUUUAAAUGACAUCUUCAUUUUACAUGUAAUUUACAGUUAU